UUUUUUCCUCCUUUUCCCCCACCCCCGUUCCCUGCCUUGGAUGGUUUUUAGGUGGAGUCGUUUGCACCAAAAUCCAAUAGCUGCUGCUGUUCUUGCUGCUAUUUUUUUUUUUUUUUUAAUGAUCCUGUUUCCACAGCAGGGGAAGAGAGAACUGAUCCUCAACAUACUCCCAGAGAAUGAAUAAUCACAAGAAACUGGCUUAAGCAGCUCCCUGGAUCUGGUGCAUGAUUUCAAUUGAGUUCGAUUUGAUUUAAUUUUUUUAAUUUUUAUUUAUUUCUUUUUCCCCAAGUCAUCGUUCGCAUUUUAUUUCCUGCAUUUCUUCCUAUUCUUUUUUUUUUUUUCCUUUUUUUUUUUUUUUUUUUUUUCACCUUUCGGGAGAUUUGCAAACCGAAUUACAUGCAUGUCCAGUGGGGGAAGGUUUAAUUUUGACGAUGGAGGGUCGUACUGUGGAGGCUGGGAGGACGGAAAGGCUCAUGGCCAUGGAAUCUGUACCGGCCCGAAGGGUCAAGGUGAAUAUUCGGGCUCCUGGAGUCACGGCUUUGAGGUGCUGGGGGUCUACACUUGGCCCAGUGGCAACACUUACCAGGGCACCUGGGCGCAGGGCAAGCGCCAUGGCAUUGGCAUGGAGAGCAAAGGGAAGUGGGUGUACAAAGGAGAGUGGACCCAUGGAUUUAAGGGACGGUACGGGGUCCGGGAAUGCACUGGAAACGGGGCCAAGUACGAAGGCACCUGGAGCAAUGGAUUACAGGAUGGCUACGGGACAGAGACCUACUCGGAUGGAGGGACAUACCAGGGCCAGUGGGUCGGGGGCAUGCGCCAGGGCUACGGCGUCCGGCAGAGCGUUCCCUACGGCAUGGCUGCGGUCAUCAGGUCACCCCUGAGGACGUCCAUCAACUCCCUGCGCAGCGAGCACACCAACGGCACGGCGCUGCACCCCGACGCCUCGCCCGCCGUGGCCGGCAGCCCCGCCGUGUCCCGCGGCGGCUUCGUCCUCAUGGCCCACAGCGACGCCGAGAUCCUCAAGAGCAAGAAGAAGGGAAUCUUCCGGCGCUCGCUGCUGAGCGGGCUCAAGCUCCGCAAGUCCGAGUCCAAGAGCUCCUUGGCCAGCCAGCGGAGCAAGCAGAGCUCGUUCCGCAGCGAGGCCGGCAUGAGCACGGUCAGCUCCACCGCCAGCGACAUCAACUCCACCAUCAGCCUGGGCGAGGGCGAGGCCGAGCUCUCGGUCAUCGAGGACGACAUCGACGCCACCACCACCGAGAUCUACGUGGGCGAGUGGAAGAACGACAAGCGCUCGGGCUCGGGCGUGAGCCAGCGCUCGGACGGGCUCAAGUACGAGGGCGAGUGGGCCAACAACAAGCGCCACGGCUACGGCUGCAUGACCUUCCCCGAUGGCACCAAGGAGGAGGGCAAGUACAAGCAGAACAUCCUGGUCAGCGGCAAGAGGAAGAACCUGAUCCCGCUGCGCGCCAGCAAGAUCCGGGAGAAGGUGGAUCGGGCCGUGGAGGCGGCCGAGAGGGCGGCCACCAUCGCCAAGCAGAAAGCGGAGAUCGCGGCGUCCAGGACCUCUCACUCCAGGGCCAAGGCGGAGGCGGCCGUGACGGCGGCGCAGAAAGCGCAGGAGGAAGCGCGGAUCGCCAGGAUCACUGCCAAAGAGUUCUCACCUUCCUUCCAGCACAGGGAGAACGGGCUCGAAUGCCAGCGGCCGAAGCGGCAGAACUCGAGCGAUGACAUCGAGGUCCUCUCCACCGGGACGCCCCUGCAGCAAGAGAGCCCCGAGCUGUACCGCAAAGGGACCACCCCGUCCGACCUGACCCCCGAGGACAGCCCGCUGCAGAGCUUCCCCGCCAGCCCCUGCUCCACGCCGCCCCUCGGCCCCUCCUGCAGGAACAAGAGCGCCCACUUCUCCAGGCAGGUCUCGGUGGACGAAGAGAGGGGCGGCGAGAUCCAGAUGUUGCUGGAGGGGCGCGGCGGGGAUUACCUGCGCCCCAACAGCUGGAGCGAAGAGAAGGUGGGCGGGAGCCGCGCCGGGAGGAGCGGGACGAUGCGCAGCGGGCAGCUGGGCUCCAACGCUGGCCCCGAAGACUACAGAGGUCGGAGCGGGGGACACAAACAUUCGGCCUCCAACCACAAGCCGAGAGAGAGGUGGACAGAUUCCCCAGCCACGGUUUCAUGGACUUCCCACCACAGGUCCCACAACCACAGCUCAGGGAGCUCCAAGCUGCUUGAGCUGGACGAGGAGAAGAUGAGCAAUUACGAGAUGGAGAUGAAGCCCCUCAUGAGGAUGGAUUCUUAUAUGCAAGAGAUUCACACCCAAAAAAGACACUACAGCAAAGGGGGAGGCUGCAGGAGCGUGGCUGACGAGCACCGCGGGGAAGAGCGGGGCUUCGGGGUUCAGAGACUGAGGUCUAAGUCCCAGAACAAAGAGAAUUUCAGGCCAGCUUCCUCUGCCGAGCCCACGGUGCAGAAACUGGAAAACCUGAGAUUCGGGGACAAAGCUGAACCUCGGCUACUGAGGUGGGACUUAACCUUCUCCCCGCCACAGAAAUCUUUACCUGUUGCACUAGAAUCUGAAGAGGACAGUGGGGAUGCGCUCAAAUCCAGUACGGGUUCAGCUCCCAUCCUGGUAGUCAUGGUGAUCUUACUAAAUAUUGGAGUCGCCAUUUUGUUUAUUAACUUUUUCAUCUAAUUCAAGACUGUCUUGUUUGCAAAAAUAACAGUUACAUGUAUGAAUGGGGGAAAAAAAAAACAAAAACAAAACAAAAAAACCAGAACCAAACAACAACAACAAAAAAAAAAACAAAGGGAAGAAUCAUAACUCGAACUGUCCUCUGACAAUUUCCAAGUCUUUUCACAGAAGAACAACAAAUGAUCGAGUCUCACUCACAGUUUGCCUUUUUUCCUGGGUAAUGUUUUUUGGAUUUUAGCCAAAAUUCUUUGCUUGUAUAACACUAUGCUGUGUGGCAUGGCAAAAUGCUAUCAACACUCUGCCCCCCCAACACUGGGAAGGAUGAGAAGGAAUCCCAACAAAAGGAAAAACCUCGCUUCCCUUCCCCUCACCCCCCCCCCCACAAAAGAAAAAAAUUGUCUUUGUAACAACAGCAAUGAACCCCAAAAUGGAGAUGAGACAAGGGGACCAUGGGGAAGGUUUGGGUGGAGUGGGGAUGGGUUCUGGGAUGCUCCAGGCUGAGCUUCCCAGGGAAAUCCAAAUGAUAAAUGGGAGAGAAAAGCAGAACCAGGCUUUUCACCUUUUGGAAAUGGAGGAAUGCUGCUGUGAGAAGGAGGAGAGAAGGAGCACAGGGAAGGAAUGAACCCUGGCUGGAUGGGAAAAUGGCAGAACAGGCCCCGUUCUGAUCCUUGUUUUUAAAACAAAAAUUGGCUUUUUGCAGAAUUCCUCGGGGCAGGGGUAAUAGGGAACACGAGGUGUGAGCAGCAGCCCCAGCACCCUCCUGCCUUCACUCCUCCUCCCCAGGCUGCUCCUCACCCAUGGCAAGGCAGGAAAACCACCCAGAGCUACUUUUAAUUCACAGCCAAUUUCUCCUGGCUAAAAAUCCCCCCCAAAAACCCCUUGGAGGCACCUCCAGCAGCACGGAUGGAGUGGCUGAUGGUGCUGUGCCGGUGAGGAGCAUCCAGCCCAUCCCAAAAAAUGUGCACAGGGAGCAGGGUGGGGAGGGACAGGGGACAGAGGGCUCAAUUCCAAUCCACUGAGGAUGACAAUAAAACAAAACCAAGUAAAAAUCCGACUGUUUCUCAAAGGCACCUGGGGAGGAGCACCUGGAGCAUGUCCCAGAGAGGAGGGAGAGGGUGGUGGGUUUGUCUCUUACAUCUUGCUGUGGACUGUUUCAGACAUCAUGCUUGGGCUCUGAGCAUGUAGUAUUUUGCACUUUGUAAUGCAGGAUGUAUAUUCCAGCUUCCAACAUGUCCCUGUAUUAAAAAAAAAGGAAAAAAAAAAAAGAAAAAAAAAAGAAAAAAAAAGAAGAAAAAAAAAAAAGAAAAAAAAAAAAGAAAAUCAAACCAAACAUCAUUGGCAAUGGCAGCCUCUAAGGAUGUAUUUUCUUUCUUUUUUUUUUUUUUUUUUUUUUCUAUGUCACUUAAUUUGUUCGUUUCUACCAUCUUUGUACUAUGCCUGCCUUGAUUUUUGUCCCCUCCCUGUCCCCACGGAUAAUCUGCAUACUCAUUAAAGAUGCGUAUCCCUGUUCUGAGCUGUCCUGGUGCCGAUGACACAGCGUGCUCUCAGCUCCAGCCCUGGGCACGGCGCUCCCAAAGCUCCCGUCCCUGCCCUCGGUGCUCCCCCGCGGCUCCUUUGGGAUUUGGCAGGGCCAGGGACCAAACCCGCCCCUCAUCCCCCCCUGCAGCUGCAGCAGGAGAAGGGCGCAGGAGGGCGGCAGCUCCCGAGGGGGGUGAGACCCUCCCAGGAGAUUUUGGGGGUGGGGAAGGAGGGAAAAGCCCUCCCCGACAUUCACGUCCAGAGUUGUUGGAUCCAGCCCGGACUCGUGGACUCAGCUUUGCUUUGCUUCUGUUUUAGCUGUUUCUCUGCUACCUUUUCAGCAGAUUUCUUAUUACACUGCACUGGAUUGCUAUAUUUUUAACCAGAAAUAAACUAAGGAUUAGAGCAUGUGCCAGUUAAAUUCA